AUGCACUGCCGUCACAAUUUCCUGCUGCUCCUUACCAUCCUUAGCAUUGUCCUAGCAACUGCCCUGGCUCCUGCAGCGGGUGGGGGCGGCGCUGGUGGAGGAGGAGCCAGAGGAGGCACCAGUGGUGGUGGUACUGGUGCUAGCGGAGGAAAGAGCGGGGGUGGCAGCAGUAGUGGUGGUGGCGGCAGCAGAAGUGGUGGAGGCGGAGCUGGUGGGCGAAGUGGCAGCGGAGGUGCAUCUCGUGGAGGUGUGGAGGAGGAGGGGGAGACGACGAUGGAACACUAA